UCCCACUUCAUCUGCCAUUCUUUCCUCAUCCCAUUCUCCCUGCUUCAUAGUUUGGCGUGCUUUUGUGUCAGUGUGAUCAAUUCGUCUGCACUUUGCAUUCUAUAAAUCUCUCAGACACUGUCCAUCAUGUCCUCGCAGUUCACUCCCUCCAAGCAGGCUGCUUCCUCUCUUGAGAACCUCAAGAUGAACGACUCGCCCGUCAAGAAGCUUGACUUCGAAUCUGUCGGCAAGGAGAACGUGCCUUCGUCCACCCCCGCUGUCGACAUGACCGCCACCAAGCCUGUGGCGGAAAAGCCUGCCGAAACUUCCUCCAUUGUUGCUGCUAUCAAGGAGAUGGAGGCCCAAGAACCUUUGCUUCAAGAGAACCCCAACCGUUUUGUCCUCUUUCCCAUCAAGUACCAUGAGAUCUGGCAAAUGUACAAGAAGGCCGAGGCUUCGUUCUGGACCGCCGAAGAAAUUGAUCUGUCGAAGGAUCUGCACGACUGGAACAACCGUCUGAACGAGGAUGAGCGUUACUUCAUCUCUCACGUUCUUGCUUUCUUCGCCGCCUCGGACGGCAUUGUCAAUGAGAACCUGCUGGAGCGCUUCAGCGGAGAGGUGCAGGUUCCCGAGGCUCGUUGUUUCUAUGGAUUCCAGAUCAUGAUUGAGAACAUCCACUCGGAAACCUACUCUCUUCUGAUCGACACCUACAUCAAGGAGCCCAAGCAGCGCACCUACCUCUUCGAUGCUAUUGAUACCAUUCCCUGCAUCAAGAAGAAGGCCGAAUGGGCCAUCCGAUGGAUUCAGGACCAGCAGUCGACCUUCGGCUCCCGUCUCGUCGCCUUCGCCGCCGUUGAGGGUAUCUUCUUCUCCGGAUCUUUCGCUUCCAUCUUCUGGCUGAAGAAGCGUGGCCUGAUGCCCGGUCUCACUUUCUCCAACGAACUGAUCUCUCGUGACGAGGGUCUCCACACUGACUUCGCCUGCUUGCUGUUCUCCCACCUCAACAACCGCCCCAACAAGCAGGUUGUGGAGGACAUUAUUGUCGAGGCCGUCGCCAUUGAGAAGGAGUUCUUGACCGACGCCCUUCCCUGUGCCCUUCUGGGCAUGAACGCCAACCUGAUGUGCCAGUACAUCGAGUUCGUGGCUGACCGUCUCUUGGUGGCCCUCGGCAACUCGAAGUACUUCAACGCCACCAACCCCUUCGACUUCAUGGAGUCGAUCUCCCUGGCUGGCAAGACCAACUUCUUCGAGAAGCGUGUUGGUGACUACCAGAAGGCCGGUGUGAUGGCAAGCACCAAGAAGGAUGCCGCUCAGGACGAGACCAAGACCGGCAACGGUGGUCUCUCGUUCGAUGAGGACUUUUAGACUGAUGCUACACGAUUAUACCCGGCCUUGUGGGCGGCCAUUGGAUACGAGCUAAUUUGUUUUUUUUUUUUUUCACUACCCCUUGUUUCGUUUGUUCUUUUUGCUCCGGUGCUACUGAUUUAUGAGGUUUUCGAGGGAUGCGCAUGGGUCUGGCGUUUGACGGCGGGAACUAUUGAACGUAUUAAUGUCUCAUCACAUUCGGUACGUACUUGUAUGGUAUGGAAUGAAUGGUGGACUGUAUUUAAACGAAUAGGAUAUUUGUACAUUCGAGUUGGAUAUUUGCAUUUCUUGUUUAAAUAGUCUAGAAUCAAGUGAUCUAUCAAUGCUUUCUUUUCUCAGAGAGGCCUGGGUUCGUUCUUUUGCUGUACGUUUACAGUCUUAGACUCCAUUGUAGGCAUAGUUGACUUGCAUCAGUCCUUCACAUGAGAAAUAUUUUGUGUUUAUGUACAAGACAUACAUCAUUAAGUAUCGUCUACCAAAUGCUGGCUCCUAGGUGUAUCCAAGUCAUCAGGGGAAGAAAGGCAGCCCAGCCCACAGUCCGUGGAACUGAAAGGCAAACAAAAAGCAAAGAUAGAGAAGAGAAGAUAGACGACGUUGGCGCACUUUUUCCGCUCCCGAUCAACCAACCAUGAGACGUGCCGAUCGUCAAACUCAUCGCCUAGUAUCCAUCUAGGUGUGCGCAUGCGCAACUAGAAACUCAAGGCGUCCAUAUCCAUGCCCACUGGUUGUGCUCCCACCGCCCAAACAGACCGGCAUCAUAUCCGCAUGUGCCCUAACGAAGAAGCAGCCUCCCAGCUCACCUCUUCCCCUUCCCACCCUUCUUCUUCGAUUUCCCACCCUUAUUGCUUGACUCCGUCUUAGCCGCAGGUGCGGCGGCGGCAGUCGUCGGCGUAGCCGUACCAUCCUCAGGAGCAUCCGCCAUCUCAACAUCAGCGGCCGGAGCAGCAGCAGCAGCAGCGCCCAGACCCAAACUAGCCACAUCUGCACCGCCGGCCAACUUCCCCAGACUUGUGAUCAAGCGACCGACCUCGGCGGCCUUGUUGGUGCGAUACUUGAGACAUAGUCCGGCGGAGGGGUUGAAUGUUUUCAGCGUCAGCGUGGCGACUGGCGUCGUGGUCGUCUGUGAUUGUUGGGAUUGAGGAUCGGUGGGGGCGGCAUCUGUCGUGGAUGUGGAUUUAGGUUUGUGUGAGGGGAAGCUGUAUUUCGUUGUGAUACGGGUCUGGAGGGGUCAAGUUAGUUAAUCUGGCUCGUGUCUUGUCUUGAUGCUGGCUGGCUGGCUGGUUGGUCUUUGAGAGGAUAAGAACGUACGGUGUCCGGGUAUGCUUCGAGUAACAGGGCCGAUUGUUCCAGGUAGGCCUGGGGAGUUGGGAGGUACGGCAUGAUGUAGGUAGGGGUUUUGACGGUUUAUCGUGUCUGAGAGAGUCGAUCGGGUGGAGGAUGAAUUGUCGAACUGGCCGGCGCUGGCUGGUCGGUUGGUUUGGAGCGACUUUGCAUCUGCCAUCUUUAUAAAGGCGGUGGGUGAACUUGGUGAUGGUGCGUGGUGCUUGUUCUGGGUUGUGGUCUUAGCGUUAGUGGCAU